AUGUCAGGAACAGAAAAACAAGAAAAUAUGACUGAAUUUGAGAAACAUCAGCAACGAAAGCAGGAAGCAAGGACGAAAAAGCAAGAAGAUAAACAGAGAUCAAGUGAAAAUGAGAUGAUCAAAACUAUCAACUUUGAUUUGCAAAAGGUACUUGUCACUCCUAAAGCUCAAAAAGUGGAUGUCAUCUGGGAAACUGCCCCGAGUGUUUAUGAAAGGCCGGGACUGGGAAUCUUAUCUACGCCCACUACUUCCGGGCAAUCAGUGGAGGUCCUGACUGAACCACCCAAAAAACGUUAUCGUCAGAAUGCUGCUCAAACAGGACUUCAGACCGCUGGACUCACCUGCACAGUGAGUAGAGUGGCAAAACCUCUGUUGAGCAAUGAACAGAUCCAACAGUUCAUUGCCUCUACCGUUCUUCCCCAUGGUCGCACACUCGCCAAAGUUGACCAUGUAGGCACACACGUCACCAAUGAUACCAUUCCUGCUUAUCCAUCUCAAAUACUGGAAGAAGCAGCACAACGGUCUAUUAGUGCUGGGCAGACCAAAUGGAAAGGUCAUGAAAGAGUCAGUAAGAAACCUGACGGGGUCCCUGCUGAUAGAAAGCGGGCGGAAGAAACACCGGUUGCUAGUCACAAUACAGCCAAUUCUAAAAACUACACAGACGGCAAGACGAAUGCUAAACGCAUUGUGAUUCCAGCAAAAAUCAGAACAGAACCAAUACAGUACCCCCCAUAUGUCACCAGAAUCAUGAAGAUCCUUCAGCGACAACAGGAAGCAGACAAAACGGGUCAGACUACUUCAUCUGACAACAACCCAAGAGACAAUUUUGGUUGCACCCCAAAACCAGCACCUGAGAAUAAGGACAAACCUUCUACUGACAAAAACAAACUAGAUCCUUCUACAAACACCAACAAAAGAGGAACUGUAGAACCCUUUACCAACCUGUCGACAGAGAAAUCGGCAGUGAAUAAAAAGCAUGAGACCACCAAUGAGUGUAGCCAUAAAGAUUCUGGGAACAAGUCUUUCAAAAAAACAAUCCAAGAUAAUUACAAACCAGUGAGUGACAUAGCCAUGUUAACUGAAGACUUGUCACCAGACAGAUUUACCAUGUUAGACGCAAGCAAUUUCGAUGGACCGGAGAUACUCGUCACUUCCGGACCCUUUUGCUUUAUGGCGCCCGUGCCCUUCUUUUAAAUAGAUUAAAAGAAUGGUUGACACAUGAACAUGCAGUACUAGAUUUGUAGCCCAGUAGACUGGUUCUACCGAGUCUUUCAUAAGAUAUUCUGUGAUAUCAAAUUAUUUCGCAUACUUUUGAUGGAUUUUUGAAAAAAAAUUAUAUUUGAAAACUAUCAUGUGCCAAAAUAUCUGCAAACGUCAGGUUACUUUUACGAGUUUUGAUGCUUUUUUUCAAACUGUAAAUUUUUGUUUUGUAUUUUUUAUAAAAUAUUUAUAGAUCUAUAUAUAGAAUACCUUGCAGUUUACAAAUCUGUGUUGUUUAUAGAUAUUGAAACUAAUAAAAUCACAUUCGGUUUAUUGUCGUUUUGUUGUGUAAUGAUAUAUACA